AUGGCGGUUUGUUCGAAGCUUCGACGUCUGUGCGCAAGAUUUUUUAGGAACGUCUUGUGGAACCCGGCGAGCCUGCUCCAUACAUUUCUUCUUGGCUCAAUAUAUGUCUCGCUUGCCUGUUCAAGGACGGUACUGAUUAAGCUGUCGAUCCGAGGUAAACAACCUUCCCGCACUAUUCUUACAUUGUUUUGAUCCGCGCACUAUCCAUGAACAUUUUGAUCAACUUUCGACCAUGUUGGGUAUGUUUGCAUGAGUGAAAAAUUUGAGCUGCAAGCAUAGAUUACUAUUUACGCUCAGUUCAUGCUGGAUUGAAACAUAGAUAGUUUCGCGAAUUUUUAUAUUUUUAUAAACAUUUUUGCUACAUACAUGUGCGCUGCGUGGUGUAGUUUUCUGUGCAUAAUUAAUUUCAAGAUAUUUUGGCCUGUUGUUUGUCUUUUUUGUAAGUGAACCAAUAUAGAGAGCGUUUGCGUUAGUUCCACUUUAUAUCGUGGAUGGGGUAUGUUUUUUUCCUCUUCCGCUAGUUUGCCUUUCAUUUCAUGGUUUCGUACCGUACUAUUUAUGCAAGUUUUGUUGCAUCGUAGAGCGUGCACACGUGAAUUAUCAAACAUCACGCAGCCAUUGCGGCAAGAUUGAUCUGCCUUGAAUGGCGACACAAAAUAUUAGGCUUAACUUUGCAGUUGUCACGAAGGAGGGCAUGGUAUAAGGAAGCAUACUAACUUUGAAGAAUCGGAAAUAUUUCUUUCCCGCCGGUUAGGUCGCGCUUGUUACAAUAACAAUAACAAAAAUAUUGCGAACACUUGUAACGUACCCUGGGUUACGUAACAGAGCAGAAAAAUCCUUUGUGGGUUUGGAUAAAUUCUGCCAGCAGAAUUGUGAGCAGAAUCAAAUAAGUGAUCAAUAUGGCCAGCAUUCCAAAGGCUGAAUAAGGUAUUUUUUUUCAAGCAUAAUUUGAGCAAAAUAGCGCAAAAUCAUUAUUAACCCUAAUGAUAUUCCAGACACUUUCACUCUUUCAAUCUGUGAUGUACUUAAUUUCACAGAUGGUGGCUAUGAGUAUCUUCCUGUCACAGUCAACUUUUUUGCUGAACUCUUCAAGCUCAGUAUCUGCUGCAGCCUUUAUGUACAUUUGUUGCUAUGCAAAGGUAUGGAUACUUGUGAAUAAUACCUGAUUUGCUUUCAAGAUAAGAUAUUAAAAAUUCCUAAAAUUCAAAUCUCUUUUUUAAUCGUUAAGAUUUUCAAAAUGAAAUUUUUAAUUAAAAAUUCUAAGUUUCAUUUUGUAAAAUAGAACCAUGUGGAAGAUCUGCUACACAAGUUUGAUCCAAAUGGUCCAACCAGAGGAUUGUUUCCACAGACUCAGAAGUUAGAACUCAUUUUUACAGCAUACGUAUGUAAAAGCAAUGCUCACGCUGACAUCACCUAUUCAUAUUGAUGUGCCAACUGUUAUAAAUUUGAAUAACAAAAACAAUGUUUAUGAACAGUGACGUCUCCUAUAUAUAAACACUAUGGCAGGAGAGUACUACACACUAACUUUCAUUUUAAUGACCACACUUACCGUAAGUAUAAUUCUUGCAGACCCAAAAUUAAGUCAGGCCUAAAUUAUUUUUCUCUAUAACUGACUCUUGAAGUAAGAGGAUCACAGCUUGUUUAGUACUACGCAGAGAAUAGUUGAUUUCAUUUCCAUGAUCCCAAAAUAGUUUAAAUAAGUUUAAGUAGUUUAAAAGAAUAAAAUCAGUUGUAUUAAUUUGGGGUUGUUAUGGUCAACUGAUUGUCUCAGUUAUUCAUCAUUGACAGUUUAAGGCAGUUUUUCCCACCUCAACUGGCUUGUGCCAUGUAAGGGAUUCCAAGACAGUCUGGGAAUCUGGAUUCCAAGAAAUGGAUUCCGGAUUCCAGGUACUGAAUUUCCAAUUCCAGAUACUGGAUUCCGGAUUUUUUGUCAGUGGAGCUAAAAUUCCAGAUUCCAUUCAUUAGUGGGAUUCCGGAUUCCUUGAGCGGUAUUCUGGAUUCGAAAGCCAAGGAUGUGGGAUUCCACUAGCAAAAAUUUCCCAGAUUCUGGAUUGAAAAAAAAAGAAAAAAUUAUCUGGAUUCCAGAGACCGUUUCCCUUACCUAGGGCUAAUAAGCAGAUUGCAAAGACCCAGUGGGCUGGUGAUAUUUCUAGUAGCCACAGUGUGUGAGACACUGGAUAAUUAAUUCAUGCUGCAGAUGGUCAUGAAAGGGGGUUGAUAAGUGGUGACAGAUUGUGAUGUCCCAUUGCGGUGGUGACACAACCUUAAUCCGGUAGAUGGGUCAAUGUAGACAUUGAAUUAACUUGACGUGGUUAGUGUUUGUAUCAGACAGGAGUGUUCUUUCCAACUUCCAAUUUUUUCUUUGUGCAGAGGGAAAAUCAGCAAGUGAAAUUUUCUCUGUCUCUGAAAUCAAGUGGCAUCAACUUUUGAAAUGGGCAGUUCCUGGAUUGCUGUAUUUCUGUGACAAUUUGAUAGGAUUUUACAUUCUUCUACACCUGUCUGCUGUAAGUUUUGAAAGUAAAUGUUUUGAUGUCGUACAGAUAGCCUUUCUUCCAUUCUAACUUUAGCAUCAAUUCCCAUCUUUUUUUUUAACCUAAAACUAAGAAGCCUUUUUGAAGAGACCAAAUUAUGUGAUAUUCUUCAUUGCAGUGUGGUUUUAAGGCUUGUUUUUUGCUGUCAUUAAUCAUUACCUGGGUAGACCAAUGAGAAAAUAGCAAUGCAUAGGAUUGAAAUCCAUUCAUGUACCUCACCAUGAGUGAGCUGCAUAAUACCCCGUGAGGGGGGGGGGGGGGGGGUACCCCAGAUUUCACGUGACGGGGGGGGGGGAGGGUUUUGGUGGGUUGGAAAGUUUCGUUCCAGGGUUUUUUUUGGGUGGGAAAUUUGGCGAAGUUUUUUUUUUGGGUUUGGCAAUAAUUGGGGGGGGGGGGGGGGGGGGAGGUACUCCAGAUUUCACGUGACAGGGAUGAUGGAAGGAUUUUGUGGGUUUGAAAGUUUCGAUUCCAGGAUUUUUUUGGGUUGGAAAAUUUGGCAAGUAUUUUUUUUGGGUAUGGCCAAUAUGUCUUGAACAAUGGAAAGGUAACUGUCAUGAGACAAACAAAAAACAACAUUUAACCUUUCGAAGGGGGUAUCCUGUUCCAGUUUUCCCUAAAUCUACCUUAAAAGAAAGAUGUUGCUUCCUUAAACAGAUGUGGCAAUGAAAUGUUAAAAACUUUCUUAGUACUAUACUGCUAUUUAAACAAAGUUAAAAGGCCCCAACAGCUAAUGUUAAUUUUCUCUCCCCUAUAACGUUUUAGUUCCCCUUGCUCCUUUCAGUAUGGGAUAAAUUCACACAGGGUACAGUAAUUAAUGACCCUCACCCCUGAUUUCUUAUUAUCGCUUGCAGGCCGUGUACAUACUGAUGCAGAAUUUUGUCAUCAUUUCAACAGCAGUUCUCUUCAGAAUUAUACUCAGGUUUGUUCAACUUAAUUUUCCUUUUUUACUGGAUUGCUUAGUUUUUGAAAAAACUUUGAAUAGCAUUUCACUUUAAAACUUUUAUGCUGAGUUUACUGGGUAGCUUGAAUUUCCUUCAUGGCUCUGUUGGAUGAACUCAGUGCGCAUGUCUGGGUCGUGACUGUGGCCCUUGGGUAAAACUACAUGUACUUCCCCAAUAUUCUUCCACACAUUAUGGAUAAUCUCAUAAAUGAUGUGAAAGUAAAAAAUAGGCACUCCAAAAGCUGCUCGUCGUCAAAAUUUACAUAAGCGCAUGAAAACUUGUGCGUUAGCCGCUGUCCACAAUAGUUGAACACUUAUCCGUUUACCAGCCUAUCCACCCAGAAGGCCGUUUACAAAAAUACCGUAAAAUUCCGAAAAUAAGCCCCUCCAAAUAUAAACCCCUCAAACUGGUAACGCAAAAAACCCUCCGUUAAAUCGCCCCUCCAAAUAUAAGCCCCCAAGGGGCUUGUACUGGGAAAAUUGCCCUCAAAUACAAAGUAAAACAACGCAAAAACGUUAAAUUUACUUCCAACUAUAAGGCCAGCCCAGUCGAUUUUGAAACGCAAAUUUCCCUCCGUAGGUAAGCCCCUCCGAAUAUAAGCUCCUCAAUAAAUAAGCCCCUCCAAAAAAGAAAGGGCCUUUGAAAAAUAUAAGCCAUCCGUUAUAUUAACUGUUAUUAACGGCGGGCGGAAACCUUCUUUUUUAUGCGAUUAUAAAUUCAAACGGAUUCGUGUGGUUAUGCAUGUAGGUAGCCUGAGGGCGUGGUUGCAUGAUACCGGGGGCCGGGGCGACUUCCGCACCGGCGCGUGUUCACCCCAGUUGAUGCCGCACUAGAUUGAGAAUUUCAUUCCGGUGAGAAAGUCGCAAAUAAGUAUCAGAACAACCACUCGGUUCGGCAGGAAAUCGGCAUCGUGGGUAAGCACAUGCGUGAUUCUCGUCAAUCCAAGAUGACGUCGACCGUUCAUCCCCAGAGCCCGUCGUUUGUUUUAAUCACUUGUUCUUGAAACGUCACAAAUUAAGACCAGUGGCUUUGGGGACAAAAGUUGGCGUCGUCGUUAAGGUCAUUGGAUGAGAAGAAAACAUGCAAACACACGAUACACCAGUCGUCCCGGUAUUCAACUCUCGCUGGUGCGACAUAUCCUUUAAGAAAGAGGCUGAAUUCUACCCAAUUGUUAUACGAACAAAUGUUGUAGAUCCCCGCGGUGGAUAUUUGAUGGGUAACCGGUCGUUUCACCCAAGCGUCGUUUCGCUAAUGUCUUUAGUGGUUUCGUUUACGAAACGAAACGAGCACGCUACGUCAUGGGAAUAGGACUACGGUAUGUAAUCAUAACUAUAACAAAAUUCUUAAAUCUGAUUGGCUAUCAACUGCCCUGAUUUCAGCCUUAAUAGGACAGUUCACUGUAAUAGGACAGUAAGCGUCAUGCCUAAGUAAUUGGACAGUACGCGCCAUCACGUGCUCGCUUAAAUGGCUUUUUUUUUUCACUGCUCGCAAAAAAAAGGUCUUGGAAUUUCUUGUGUUUUGAUUUUAAAAAAAGAGCCUUAUAUAUCACAAAUUUUGGUAAAGUUAUGAUUAAUUGGUAACAGAACUUCGUGUCGUCCAAUUCGGUCUGUAAUGACACACUCGCAUGAUUACAUACUGAAUUGGACUUCACCCAGUCCUGUUACUACUACUAAUCAUAUGAGUGAUUAAACAAAAUCACGCGGUCGUUUAAUCACGACUAUGAUUACAGACAAAAUUGAACGACACGUAGUUUUUGCUACCAAUUAAUUCUAUAUUUAACAAAAUUUGUGAAUUUUUUAGCUUUCUUCAAAAUUAAUACACAAAAACUUCUGAGAUUUUUUUUGCUAGCAGUGAAAAAAAAAAGCGCGUACGUGACGGUUGAUAGCCAAUCAGAUUUGAGAAAUUUGUUAUAGUUAUGAUUAAUAAUUAUAUAAGCCCCAUAUUAUAUACCUCGCUCUUUCAGCCAUGACACAUUAAAGUCCGAUACACCUGAUACAUAUUUGUUUAUCUUGUUUUUUAGUUACCAAGAUGCGAAAUAAGUUAGGGAACUGAUCUUGCCCCUUUUUUCAAAACGACUUUAGACGUAGUCACCGAACAGGUCGCGAAACGACUCGUAGGCGAAACGACCGUAAAACGUUUAAUGAACGUUUACUUUCGCUGAGUUUCCUUUUUUGUCCCCGCUUUAGGAGGAAGCUGAAUAGAGUCCAGUGGGCCUCGCUUCUUAUUUUAUUUUUAUCAAUUGUGUCUCUCUCAAAUGAACAAAACGAACUUCAUCCCGAACAUCGUGAACGAAUUCAACGAGCUAUCAUCCCAACGGAAGGAUACUUUCUUGGUUCCGAGGAUGGUAGGAACGUUUUGGGGAGGUUAAAAGAGGCUAUGGGGUCUCCAAACAUCUCCGACGGUGGCCGAAACAUUGUCGGCACUGUUCGGAUAGGCGAAGCGCACGUCUUAGUUAUGGUUCAGUGCGUGCUGUCUUCGGCGGCAAACAUUUACAACGAAAAAAUUUUUAAAGAAAGCGGAGGUAUGGAGGACAGUAUUCUUCUGCAAAAUACGAAGCUUUAUAUGUUUGGUGUUUUCUUCAACACUGCCACGCUGUUUCUACGACCCGAGUUUCGUUCAACCGCCAUUAAUUGUGGACUUUUUUACGGUUUUAACCGUCACGCAAAGCUACUUAUUAUUGUCACGGCCUUCUUUGGGUUGACUGUGGCGUUUAUUUUGAAAUUCAGAGACAACAUGUUUCACGUGAUGGCAAAUCAGCUGACCAAUGUCGUCAUGAUCACGUCAUCAGUGCUAUUUCUGGACUUUCACCCUACGUUGAGAUUUUUUCUAACCGCGCCAGUGGUGUUGUUAGCGAUUUAUAUCUUCAAUGCUGGCGGGAAAAAUGAGGUGACUUACUUUAAGGAAAGGGUAGAUACACUGGUUUGA